UGAUGGAUGUUGAGGAUGAUUUUGAGGACUUGGAGCCGUCUCUGAAGAAUGUGACAGAGAGUAAAAGUCUCAAGUGGAUCUUCGUGGGAGGCAAAGGCGGAGUGGGCAAGACUACCUGCAGCUGUUCAUUAGCUGUCCAACUCUCUCUGGUGCGAGAAAAUGUGCUGAUUAUUUCCACUGAUCCCGCUCAUAACAUAUCUGACACUUUUGACCAGAAGUUCAACAAGUCCCCCUCCUUGGUAAAUGGCUUCACCAAUUUAUACGCCAUGGAAAUUGACCCCAAUUUGGGGCUAACUGACCUCCCGGACGACUAUUUUGACGAGAAAGAUGUGAUGCGAAGUGGUCGCAAGAUGAUCCAAGAACUGUUCUCUUCAUUUCCAGGAAUUGAUGAGGCCAUGAGUUAUGCGGAGGUCAUGAAACUAGUGCAAGGCAUGAACUUCGACGUUGUUGUGUUCGACACUGCGCCUACUGGACACACGUUACGAUUGCUUUCUUUUCCGGCGGUUAUUGAGAAAACUCUUGGCAAGUUUUUGGCGCUGAAAAACCAAUUUGCUCCAUUAAUUAGCUCUUUUGGAAGUAUGUUGGGCGAGGAUUUCUCGCCUGAAGAAAUGACAGGUAGAAUUGAAAGCAUGUUACCCUUGAUGAGAACAGUAAACCAGCAGUUCAGAAACCCCGAUCAAACCACAUUCGUAUGUGUGUGUAUCGCUGAGUUUCUAUCCGUUUACGAAAACGAGCGGCUGAUUCAAGAGCUUACGAAACAAGGAAUUGAUACGCAUAAUAUAAUUGUGAACCAGUUGCUCAUGCUAGGUUCUGACAAUGGAGAGCAGGGUGAUGACAAGCCGUGUAAAAUGUGUCUAGCCAGAGUGAAGCAGCAGAAAAAGUACUUAGAUCAAAUUGCAGAUCUAUACGAGGGAGAUUUCCACGUGAUCAAACUUCCUCUUCUUGAUCAUGAAGUGCGAGGAGUGGAAAAUGUGACAUCUUUUUCGAAAAAUUUGAUUGAACCUUAUUCUGCUGCGAAUAGAAGUUGCUAACUCGCUUUACAGUUGCUAUAUAGAUUUCAUUUUUUUCGAUGCUGUUACCGAUAACAUCAGUCACAAAUAUGCGUCAGUGAGUAUCAUGACAUAAUACUUUAGUGAACAAAAUUAAGCGCAAAUUCAGGCUUUUACUCUCUAAAAUGCCUGUUUUCAAUGUCCAUUUUUGACAACUCUUACUUCGAUUUUUGUAACAUUUUACCUAGAACACGAGCAAAUUAUUAGAGCUACCGUCUCUGAAACUAUCAAUAAUUGGUUUCCUUGACUCACCAAUGUAAUCCGGGUCUGAAAAUGCCAGUUUUCCUCAUCUGCACUAAGUUUUUUUGAUUCGCAUGAACCAUUUUUUUACUCUGCCUAUUCAAGAAAGAUUUCACUUCGAUGCAAAACUUAGUGCUGAUGAGGAAAACUGGCAUGUUCAGACCCGGAUUUUAUUGGCAAGUCAAUGAAACCAAAUAUUGAUACAUUCACAGCUGGUUACUCUGAUCAUUUGCUCUAGGUCAAUCUAAAAUUUUUAUUGAAUUUCGAAGGAAUUCUUGUCUAAAAUGGAUAUUUAAAAUAGGCAAUUUAGAGAGUAAAAUCCUAAACUUCCGCUUAAUUUUGUCCACUACUGUAACUUCAAAAAAAUGUUGAAACUUAUUUAAUAAUUAGAUGAAAAGCUGAAGGGUCUGACUCAUAAUUUAAAAAAUAACCCGCUCGCGCUAAGAAACUGUACUUCAAAGUAAAUAGCGAGUUGGAUGACCUUAUCUUGGUCUUUUUGCGGGAGAGGGAUGGAAGAAGUUGACACGAUAAGUCGCCGAAGCUCAUUUGAGUUCCACCAAUUUUAUGUAGUAAACGCAUUUAUGUAUAGAAAGUAGAAAAUAUAAUUACCCUUACGAUAAAUAGCUUUGUUCGAAGUUUGAUCAAAAAUAAAAUUGGUAAAUUUAGGUUCAGCUCAUAAUUAAUUCAAAUUUCUUUGUCUC